ACACAACGCGGCAGCGGCUCGGAGAGUGAAGUUGAUUCUAUGAACUGUGGGUAUUCUUUGAAUGUUCUGAGUACGUUUUAAGAUCGAAAUGGCUUCCAAUCAGUCAAGUUCAACAAGUAGGCCCGAGGACCACAGACGCAAGUGGGACAGAGAUGAAUUUGAAAAAUUGGCCAAGGAACGGCUACAAGCAGAAGAAGAUGAGAGUGACUCAGCAACAGACAAAAAGAGCCGACAGCCCCCCGUCAAACGGGAGCUGCUCAAACAGCGUGACUACAAGGUGGACCUGGAGUCCCGCCUGGGAAAGUCCCAGGUCAUCACCAAGACCACGCCCUCCUCCCAGAUGGGCGGCUACUACUGCAACGUGUGUGACUGCGUGGUCAAAGACUCCAUCAACUUCCUAGACCACAUCAACGGCAAGAAACAUCAAAGAAACCUUGGUAUGUCCAUGAAAGUGGAACGGUCGACGCUGGACCAGGUCAAACGACGCUUUGAGCUGAACAAGAGAAAGAAGGAAGAGAAGAAGAAAGACUAUGACUUUGAAUCCAGAAUGCAGGAGCUUCGAGAAGAGGAAGCCAAACAGAAGGCUUACCGGAAAGAGAAGCGACAGGAGAGAAAGCGGAAAGCAGAGGAUGACGACCUGGACUCGGGCCUUGACCCCGAUAUGGCCGCCAUGAUGGGCUUCUCAGGGUUCGGCUCCACCAAAAAGCACUGAAAGCUAUCAUUGUAUCAACUGCGAUCUUUUCCUGUGUUGGCAAAGACAUUGGCUGGACUGUCUACUCAGAAAGUUUCCCAUGACCUUAGCAUUUGUUAGUCAGACUCAGACAACAGUUAAACAUUGGGAGUUCCUUGCCAGGUUUCCAGUUUCCUUUGCAUCACUGCCCUUUUUGUGACAAACAGGCUGUUGCCAUGGCGACAGCUCAUGGAGUUUUAAGCCGACCUUUGUUCAUCGUUCAGUCACCCUACUAUUCCCAAAAAAUUUGCCUCGGUAUCUUUCUGGAUGCAGUGUUGAGAGUCUUGUUUCUUCUCAUUCAGGACCAGCUUCUUGCUUAGCAUAUGUUUUCGCUAAGCCAAUACCAGCGGAACACUAGUCACCAGCAUUAUGCAAACUAUGCUCUUUUGACUGGUGACCUAUUUUUGCUAAGCAAAUAGUUUCUGUACUUAGUAAAUUUGCAAGCCUAGACGUCUGUGAAAGUGGUGCGAGCUGAUACAUGUUCUCUCAAUUUUGUCACCUGGAGAAAUGUUGCUCCACUCUCCAGCCAAAUCGGCUUCAAAGUUGCUACCCAGGGACCAAUUUCAACUAUCGGCUGUGUCCAAAUUACUUGGCUGUAGUUUGAAAUUACGCACGAGUCGGUGGCAGUGGCUGAAGUCUGUUCCCAUAGAGUCGUGUGUAACUUCGAGCCGAAGCCAAGUGAUUUGGGCACGGCGUUAAUAUUUGGUGCUUGUUUGGAGUGGUCGGUACAAUUGCCUGCCAUUCGUUGUAUGACAGUACAACACUCCCCUGUGAUGACUGGAAAGUCUCUUCUAUGGAAAAGUGACCAAAGUUGUCACUUUGAGUUUGAAGUUACAAUGCCAGACGUGUGGUGAGAAUUAGGGAAGGGUGUUGGGGUGACACUGGGGGCAAGUUCCAUCAAAGACCAAAGUUAACCGUAGUUGGAUUAACUCUAAUCAAGCACUCGCUAGUUGACGAUGGCUGGAUGAGUCUAGUCAACAGAGUCAUUCCAUGAGGUUGGGGCACAAGUUGUGAUGGUGUCAAUUGUUACAUAACAUAAAAAUGAACAGCUAUUUCCC